ACAGAGGAUAGAAACUCUUAGAAAAUUGAGGUUGGAGGAGGCGUGGCAGUAUCUAAUUCAACAGACCCAUUGGAUGAUGCUUUGCACCAGAACCUUGCCACGCUUAUCUCCUCUGUAAUCAAUGGCUUCCUCAUAUUAUUCAAACCUCUGCUGUUGUUCUUCUUCUGCAUCCAUCCCCAAAUUACCCUCUUACACCUGCUUCCCAUCAUCUCUGCAUCCUUCUGAAUCUUGUGGGCACAGUGGAGUUUCACUCCUAAGACCUUCAUUUGACUCCAGAAUAUAUGCUAAGUUUGAUAAGUUUGAAGCACAAACUUCAAAUGAAGAAACACCAUCACUUUCACUACAACAAACACUUCAACAAGGGGAUGUAGAAGAAGAAGAAGAAGAAGAAGAAGAAGAUGACAGUUGCUUGCCUUCGGAUUUGGAGGGUGCAGUUCGACAGUCAAGUGAAGCAAGUGCUGCAUUUGUGUCCUCAGGAGGGAUGAGAGCCAUCGUGGAGCUCUUAAUCCCACAGUUGCAGUUUCUUGAUGAUGAAGGUGCCCAGGCUGAACUGUGGGAAUUAUCAAGAAUUUUUGUGGAUGCACUGAUCGAAGAAACGGGAUGUCAGAGGGUGAAAGCAAUAUUUCCUGAUGCCGGUGCUGCUGCACUUCUCAAGUAUAAUUGGAAUGAUGCCACUUUCGGUUUCGCUAGCUUAAGUGACCGAAAGCCUGUGGAAAAAGAUGAUGAGAUUGUUGUGAUGGUACUGCCAGAUUAUCAGAUGUUGGAAUAUGUAGAGCGGAUCGCCUCUCAUCUAUCAGAUGAACCCCCACGACCACUCAUCAUGUGGAACCCACGUCUUAUCAGCGAGGACGUUGGUGUUGGAUUCAAUGUCCGAAAGUUGAGAAGAUACUUUUUAAGAUCUUUUACAACCGUUUAUUCCAUGAAACCUCUACCUACAGGCGCUGUAUUUAGAUGCUAUCCCGGCUUAUGGAAGGUGUUCUUUGAUGACAAAGAUAGACCAAACCGUUACAUACUAGGCAAGGAAAUGAUAAGCCGUCCCGACUCUGAAGACAUUGAGAUAAUAUUUGGAGGAGGUGGAGAUGAUUCGGAGCAGGGUCCAUCAUUGUUUAGUCAAGCAGUAGGAAUCUUUAAAUCACUCAACAGAUUCAUGAAAGUUAUCUCCAAGUAAACAUCAUCUUAUGAUUCUACAAAUAUUGCUAUCUUGUUUAUAAAUGACUCUCACUUUCUGCAUAUUUCAUCCAAUUAUCUGUUUAUUGGUAUUUGCUAGUGUUAUGAAUCAAAUACUCAAUCUAUGAACAAACA